CCGUAUGUGCUUGUCUCCGGAACACGGGCGCUGGUGACAGAGAAUGCGAGUGAGUACAGAGGAUGUCGGAUAGGAUGGAGUGUACUGGAGGAACUUUGUCUGUUAAAUCCGCCAAGACAUAAAAGAGCCAUAUAUUUUACGUGUUCGGCAUUCAAUAGGCUAAAGAAGAAAGGACCCUUGUAUACUUUUAAACCGGUUCGGUUUGGCUUGUGUGGUUUAUCUGCGGCGAGCGGUGCCGAAUGUUGGAGCACAGAGGCGCAGGUAGUGCACUCGCUUGCGGAUCCUAGAGAGACGGGAGACGGGCUCGGCAGGUACACGCUUACCGUAUACCAGAGGGGGAUGUUAUCGGUACUUUCCUAUGGCAGGAUCGUUGCCAGGGCUGUCCUGGGCGGACUCUCGCAAACGGACGGCAGAGACUAUAGCCUGAUCACGGCCAGCUGCGGCUUUGGGAAGGACUUUCGGAAGGGGAUCCUGAAGAAAGGCAUGUGCUACGGCGAUGAUGCCUGCUUCAUAGCCCGGCACAAGUCCGCCGAUGUCUUGGGUGUUGCGGAUGGCGUCGGGGGCUGGAGGGAUUACGGCGUGGACCCAUCUCAGUUCUCCGCCACACUGAUGAGAACGUGCGAACGGCUCGUGAAGGAGGGCCGAUUCACUCCCAGCAGCCCCGUGGGCAUCCUGACCUCCGGUUACUUUGAACUCCUGCAGAACAAAGUACCACUGUUGGGGAGUAGCACAGCUUGUAUAGUCGUUCUGGAUCGUCGGAGUCACAGGAUACACACCUGUAACCUCGGAGACUCUGGCUUCUUGGUUGUUCGGGGUGGAGAGGUGGUCCAUCGGUCAGAUGAGCAGCAGCACUACUUCAACACACCCUUCCAGCUGUCCAUAGCACCGCCGGGGGCAGAGGGCGUGGUGUUGAGUGACAGUCCUGAGGCGGCAGAUAGCUCCUCCUUUGAUGUCCAGUUAGGGGACAUUAUUUUGACCGCUACUGAUGGCCUCUUUGACAACAUGCCUGACUACAUGAUCCUGCAAGAACUCAAGAAACUGAAGAACACCAACUAUGAUAGUAUCCAGCAGACUGCACGCAGCAUCGCUGAACAAGCUCAUCAGUUGGCCUACGACCCCAACUACAUGUCCCCUUUCGCCCAGUUUGCCUGUGACAACGGGCUGAAUGUAAGAGGGGGGAAGCCUGAUGACAUCACAGUGCUGCUGUCCAUUGUGGCAGAAUACACAGACUGAGCGUGCUCAGUGGAGCUUGCUCCUCUCUUACACCUGUGUCUUCCACCCCUGUCCUAUUGCACUGCUCCCCAUCUCACAUCUCCCAGCACCCCUUUCCAUUCUUCCAUUUCUCAAGUAGAUCUCCAGUCAACGCAGAGAGGAUAGCAUGAACACACUGGUGUGGGUGGUGAUGCAAGUGGUACUACGUCGCCUACAAACAGUGCAAAAUUGAUGACCUCACUCCCAAAAGGAUUUUGGGAAUCUAUUACCUGUGUUGUAAAUCUAUGUUAUUUCUAGUUUCCCAAGGUGCAAGGAGGGCCAUGCAUUACCCACAAAAAGGGGUUUCUAAUGGAAGGAGCUGUCGCAGUUCACUCUUGUGGCUCAUGCAAAUGAAAAGUUGUUGUUGUUGUUGCUGUUGUUGUUGUUAAAUGGUUGGUUGUCUAUGCCUUGAGAUAAAAAUUUGAGCGUGACUGAAGUCUAUGUGAGCUGGAGUGCUUCUACGUGUGUGUACGUGUAUAAUAAGUGUAUGUGUAUAAUAAGUUCCAUUUGGUUGUUGGUCGACUUUGGUUAAGCUGUAAAGGAAAGGUCAGUUAAAGUUCAGAGGGAGGCCUGGUUAGUCUUAAACCUGUUGGGAAAUGCAAGUGCAUUGGGAUGUGCUGACUAGUUCUGUUCAGCCAGCAUGUCUGCCUCUAGAGUUAUACUGCCUUCACCUACACUGUCACUUUGUGAGGUCUCGGAUAAUGGAUUUCAAGUUCAAUGGCUUGUGUUUGAUUUAGAAAAGAUAGAAACUAAACUGCACAGACGUCAUACCAGAGAAUGUCACAAUCCGCUAAUAUACAGAUACUCGCUCACGCGGACAGUGGAUGUUGACGUUGACUGUGAAUGCGUGUUGGAUGUAUAUUUACAUGACUUCACCUAUUGAGUUUGGAAGUCUACACGCACAAAUGGCUAGCAUCUGGCAAUGCUUUUCAUGAAUCGAAAGGUCAGGUAUAUAAAUAAAUGUUUUAUUUUUAUAAAUAUUUAGCUUUUAGUGGACAAGAUUAAACAGAAUGCAGAAGCUAGGGACCGUUGGUCUUUAUGGAUCGACUGUAAGGCCUAUUGGCGUUUUCUGUGCUCCCUAGUGAGGCUUGGGUUAUUUUUUUAAUUGAUUGAAGGGUAUCUAACGCUUUUGUUUUCCAAUGUCGCUCUAGAUUGGUUCUAGAGAACAUUUUCACAUUCAUGUGCUGCUUUAAUUUUUUGUAAAUUAUAAAUAUGUGAGUGACUACAUUUAUUUAUAUGAAUGUUUUUACCUGUACAAUAUAAAAUGGGUGAGCUGAUGAUUUUAUUUCACUAAAAAAAGCUGAUUGAGUGUUUAGAGUGAUUGCCUCACAGUCUUUCAAUGAAAUGGAACAUCGAUUCUGCUGUAUGAAAAGCAAAAACUAUAGACAAUGGUUAUAUUUUUGUCCAGUUCAUUGAGAUUGGGAAACCAUAAAGCAAUACAGUUAUUUAAAAUGUGUCUUCUUAGUUUUUGUUUCUCCAGUUAUAGCUGUCAAAUGUUAUGCAUGCCCAGGAUGGCAAACCUCAGUCAAGUGUGCAUUCAGUUGGUAAAACUGAUUGAUUAUAUGUAUAGCCCCUGAAUAAAUACCCUUUUAAGCUUUCAUAUUCAAAAUCCUGUAUAACUAAACAUGGAACUCAAUGUUUUGUGAGGUUUGCCAUCCUGAUAUGUUCCCCAAAGGCAUGGCUCUAGUUCUUCACCUACAGAUAGUGAGGACUAUAAUCAAGUCUUCAGUUGUGCCUGCAACACAAUUAGACCAGAACUGUGGUCUCUUACCAUGUGUAACGUCUUGUGGGUCGUGGUCAUGUUGAAGUCAAUGUCUCUAUCCACAUUGUUUAAUCAGUAAAGAAAACCAAAGCAGGAAAGCCAUAAGACCAGCAUGACCAAGGUCUCACCUUAUCAUUGCCACCUUUUGAAGACUGAAAACUAAUUGUUAAAUGUUGAGAGUAUCUGCCGGAAACGCCACUGUGUCCCAUGUCUGCUUUUCUUUCUAGAUAAAUGAAAUGGAAAUCAACAGUCAGUAAUGUGUAAUGGUUGUUAAAAUCAAUUGUGUACUUGACAUUUUUCAAAAUGUGUGAUCUAAGUCAUUUUAUUUUAGUCAAAUGUGAUUUCAGGUGUAAUUUCAGCGCCUCUAGAGGCAGCAAACAGAACUGCAGUCUGUCUGUUUGACCAGCUUUACCAAUGGCGUGAGUCUAACUGUGAUGGCCGUGUUUGGCUUUGUUCAGACAGGCAAUACGAAUUACUUUUGUGUGUGUGUGUCAGGAACAGGAAAAAAAUAAAUAAAUUAAAUUAUAAAAAAAAUAAACCUGGUCUAAACAUCCAUGGUCCAAUCAUUUUUGGAGUUUUAGGAUGUGUCUCAGUUUGAUCGAACCACGUAUAUCAUCAUACAAAUGACAAAAUGCACGCUAUUUUCUGGAUAUACUAAUUCUUUUCAUCACAAGGCAAAUUUUUCAGUUUUCCGUCCUUUCCUUUCACAUUGACAACUACUCUCAUUUGUUGUAUGAGAAAGUAUCGCAUUGAUUAUUUUACUAUAGCAACCGAUGUACUAUAACACCGGAUAUUGAGUGUUUGAACAAUCUGAUUUGAAUCUUUCCCUUCGUACAAAAUGAAAAUGCAAAAAUCAGUCCUAGAGAUUGAAUAUGAAAAAUAAAUUAAAUUUGUGUGCAGUGUGAACAAAGCCUUGUUUGAAAACAUGCAGUUCUGUUUGGCGUCAUUGGUGGUGCAUAAAGUAUACGUUUUGCCUUUAGUGAGUGUCAUUGCAUGAGAUGAUGUCUUGACUGAAACAUUUUAGUGUCUGGGGUUUUGCCACUUUGUCUGACACACAAAACACUCCCAACACUCCCCCCAAAAAGGCUUUUGUUAUGGUUCAUCAAAAUCAAAUCAGAUGCACUUUUAAUAGUGCAGUUUUCAUACAUCCUAAUUUAAAACAGGAAACUUGCCUCCCUGAGUUUGGCUGAUAAUGACUAAAUGUGUCUGUGUCUGUGAGUGAACCAUUAUACAAAUCAACAUACCAAUAGACGCCUUAAAAUCUCAUACUGUCCCAUCCAGAGGCCUUUGUGUGGCAAAGCUUGCAUGUCUCAUCUGGGUGUCGCUUACAGCAGUGUUGUCACUUUUGGUUGUAUCAUCUGUCCUUCUCUUAUUCGAUCGUUUCUAUGGUGCUUCUGCAGUCAAGAUGAGUCUCUCAGUCUCUGAAGCAGACAAUGUGCGAAUGAGAACUAUACUUUUUUUUUUUUGUGUGUGUGUACAGUGUAACAACGCAAGUUCCUGUAAAUAUGUUUUCCAAGUUGUAAAAUAUUUAAAUAAAAAUAUAGUAUUUAUACUAAAA